AUGAACGCCAUUUCACAUUGGAACUUGGAGGGGAACAACCGUGCGCGAUUUCGGGCAUGCGCUACUCUGGUGCAUCUAUGGAACAAUGGACAGGUCCAGCAGUCGUCAGCCAGGUCGGGCACAGACAACAACGACACGUUGGAAGAUGAGCCUAGUGAUGACGCGGACUCCGCCAGCCCCGACGUGAUUACCUUUUUUGACGAGAAGGCUUUGAAAGACACUCUGCUUGAUCGUGUAGCCGAGGUUGCGUCGAACGCCAAGGGUGGUCGUGAUGUUGCCGCGAGUGUCAUGCAGACGGGAAACGGAGCGAUCAAAAUGAUCAUUGCACGUAAUGAUGGGUUUCACUCGUCCGAUGAAAUGUUCUUCCGGGAUCUCGAAUUGAUGGUUCGCCACAUCGCGACGCAUGGUGCUCAAUCACAGAUCGCUCGUCUUUACCUGAAUACCCACCAGUAUCAACGCGAGCGGCUCCAUAUAUGGCUGACUGAGCUGAAACAACAUUUGGCACGCCUCUGUGCAAAUGCGGCACCGUCGAGCCAGGUAUCGGCGUCCUUUGACACAAAGUCAACAGAACUGAUCAUCGCCUUGAUGGUGUUGCGGAAGCUGGUUUCGUCGGAGGAUGUGUUUCGGCACUUCACUACUAUCCAGAUUGUGACUCAGAUUGCGCGUACAGUCUGGAAGUCUCAUCCCCUUGAAGCGUUUAAUGCGAUCGGUAUCCCCAAGCCCUCCAGACUUCGCGAGUCACUGGGGUAUCUCGGACGCGUUGAUGCGUCUUGCACUACAAUCCUACGAGCUGCCAGCCGUCUACAGGGUUUUGAGGAACUGCGGAUCGUAUUGCUUCAUUGCAAUCCAAAAAGUUUGCGCCAUCUCAAAGACCUUGAUUGUCGCGACAUGUCUUCGAAACCAUGGACGCUUCAGGACACCUAUUGCAGUCUUUUCCCGCGAGGAAGGGACAUCAAGAGCAUCAUCGGCAUGAAAUGGAAGCUCGGAGAUGCCACGGCGAGAUUCAACUCGAUCCAGAAAGAAGGGCCACAAAUCCAUGCUGAGAUCCAACUGCUGAUGUAUCUAGCUCAGCAGAAGUCAUCACAAAGCUCCCGUCAGGAACCCAACUGGCUGACAUAUGGCUACAUUGGUUGUAGCAAGAAGUUCUGCUAUCUUUGCAACGAGUUUAUCAAGCGGUAUGACCCUGUCUUUCGAACCCGAGGGUCCCAUGGCGCUCUCUACAGCCAAUGGACCGUUCCAUACCUUGAGACAAGCGGCGACCUUGGCGGCGCUUCUGUUCGGAUCGCAUGGGCACUUUAUCAGGUCGAACAGGAACUAGUAUCUCUUGCUAGAAAGGAUAAAAGGGGCAAAACUCACAUUGCUGCAGUGAAACAAUCAUCAGUAGGUGGCUCUUCCUGUGCAACUGCAUUGCCGGGCGGCAAGGGUGACACAUCGAAAUGGAGGCAACUCUUGAUCAGUUCGCAUUUGGAUGAGGAGAGAAUGCGCAACAUUCGAACACUAUUCGGAGCAGACAGCGUCGCAAAAAACACCGAGGUUGAGCUGGAGCAGCAGCUCUUAAGCUCUUCUAGCGACGAUGAUGUCUUAUUUGAGUCACCGACAGCUUCUCAGGCUAUACCACGUCACUCCUUUGAGGACUUCCUCGACAUGUCCGCAGUGAGGGAUGAAAUUCCAGAUGAUCCUGAUGUGCUCGAAAAGUUUGGAUUCGAACAAUGCCGAGAUUAUAACGAAAGAAGUUUCUUUCUGGGGCUUUAUCAGGGUCUACUGAAUAUCCUGGAGGUAGACGUGCUGGUAAUCAACUCGUGGAUGGAAGACGGCACUUUGAGGGAGAACAUCAUCAAGAAAUUUGAGGAGCUCCCUCAAGGUAAUCGUGGAGCAUACUACCCCUGGUUCCUAGGGCAGGCGCAUCUUCUGAACCCAAAUUCCGAGGCAGGUGAUACUGUGAGCUUCACAGAAAUGCAUUCUCGGCACCUUGACAUGGCCCGGGAGCGAUACCUCAGCCUCGAAGACCAAGGAGUUCCUACCAAGGAGCUCAGCCCUUGGACCAAGCGUGAGAGCCUGAUGUUUUUCAGUAUUCUUUUAAUGGCGGCAUACCCCCACCCGAACUUAGCACCUAUGUGGUUCAACUUGGGAUUCUGCGUCUGUCGUGACGAGCACCAUCAAUGCCUUCUUGGUACGCUGUACCAUGCUCUGAUCUAUGGGAACAAGCUGAUGGAGGAUUAUAAUGAUGCUCUGGGACAUCGCCGAAGUGAGAGACGGCCUCAAGAAACGUGCAGCUUUGGUGAGUUUUGGACGUGCUUCGGGGAAGGGAAGCUCGUCGCUCUGAUGAAGCGGUAUCAGCUGCGCGGCGCAUUGGAAGACUUCCCCUACCUUGAAGCCUUUCUGUCAAUACCACCCGAUCGCCCAAGGCCGCUCGUGUGGCAUCUCAGACACCUACUAGAGCUGGGGCCUGAUGCCAAUCAUGCACCCAUCAUCCAGUGCCACGAGGCGGACAUGCUCAGAGUUGCCCGCCGGAAGUUCGGCUUGGAUGCCUCGAGUGGCCGGUUGAACGCCAAGGACACCAUGAUCCUGAAAGAUUUCUACAUAGAUUUACUUGAAAUUGGAAAGGCGGGAGCGGUCAAUCCCCUGGACCUUGAACGGGCUCGUGUUGAAGGCAGGCUGUUGGAGUUUCUCCUACAAGCACAUCGGACAACCGAAUGGAGUAGUUACGAUGCGUCGGAGGUAGAAGAGGUCUUGGGAAAGGCGUUUAGUUGA